UGAUGCGACGCCCCAAACCAUUUUAUUCUCUCUAUUCAGAAAAUAUGUAGUUACCAACAAGUGGCAAGGACGAUCAUCGGUAUUUACAAAGACAUAUGGUAGUAACAUGUUGCGUAACAGUCAUGUUAGUUUCUUCAGUCAGUCUUGAUUUAUCUCGAGUCUUGUUUUACAUAGAAGGAAGCGCAUGUAAAGGUACACAGUGGUACAGUGCAAUGUGCAAAAUACCAUCGAGGCAAUGAUCCUCAACGGACAAUGGAUUGUAUUUCUUAUUAUCUUUCUAAUAAACACAUUAUUUUGUCAAAGCGAAGAGGCAUCUUGCCAUGGAGCUUUUGAUAUUUAUUUCGUUUUAGAUAGGUCUGGUAGUGUGUAUGAUAACUGGGGAGAGAUCUAUGAGUUUGUGGAGCAGCUCACCAACCGCUUUGUGAGUCCAAAGAUGAGAGUUUCCUACAUAGUUUUCUCAUCUAGAGCCGAGAUGAUUCUACCACUAACUGGAGACAGGUAUGAAAUAGAGGAAGGCUUGAAAAAGUUACGUAAAAUCAGACCGGCUGGUGAAACAUACAUGCACGAAGGAAUGAAAGUGGCUUCAGAGCAGAUGAAGGCCCAGGUCACACGGUCAUCCAGCAUCAUCAUCGCUCUGACUGAUGGGAAACUGGAGGUCUAUCCCUAUGAACUGACAGUAGAGGAGGCUAACGCUGCCAGGGAGUUUGGUGCUAGGGUAUACUGUGUCGGUGUGAAGGACUUUGAUGAGAGACAGCUUGUUGACAUUGCAGACAGCAAAGACCAAGUAUUCCCAGUUCUGGCUGGAUUUCAUGCACUCAAAACCAUUGUGAAUUCGAUUUUGAAGAAAUCCUGCACAGAAAUAUUCAGUAUAGAGCCCACUAAUGUUUGUGUGAAUGAAUCCUUUAACAUUGUACUGAGAGGAUAUGACUUCACCCGUGGGAGGAGCCAGGAGGGAGUGAUCUGUGUUCUCACAGUCAACCAGAAGACCUACAAUGAGAGGCCUAAUGUGGUGCAGGAUGGCUAUCUGUUGUGUCCAGCACCAGUGCUGCAUGAAGCCGGACAAUCGAUAGAUGUUCUGAUCAGCUUGAACAAGGGUCAGUCCUACAUCUCAAGUCCAUUCACUAUCUACGCUACAAGAUGUUCUGAUGGGACAGUGGUACUGGUGCUGGUCUUGGUUCUCCUCCUGCUACUGGCUCUGGUUCUGCUGUGGUGGUUCUGGCCGCUCUGCUGCACUAUUGUGAUCAAGGAUCCCCCUCCCCGUCGACCCCCUCCUCCCCCUCCUCCAGCACCUGAGCCUGAGGAGGACCCUCUGCCCAAGAGGAAAUGGCCCAUGGUGGAUGCAUCCUAUUAUGGGGGAAGAGGUAUCGGAGGAAUGAAACGCAUGGAGGUUCGUUGGGGAGAGAAGGGUUCCACGGAGGAAGGUGCGCGGCUAGAGAAAGCUAAGAACGCAGUGGUCACAAUGGUGGAAGAGGAGGUGGAAGAACACAUUAUAAGAAAACCAAUGCCUCAGAGCCCACCCCCUAUCUAUCACAUCCCAGAACAGUCCAGAUGGUACACACCAAUCAAGGGGCGUUUUGAUGCGCUAGUGGCAUUACUCAGGCGACAGUAUGAUCGAGUUGCUGUCAUGAGACCAACAGCACAGGACAGGGGGCGCUGUAUGAAUUUCACCAGAGUUCCCAAUCAUUAGGCCAAACACACCAUCAUCUUUGGACUAUGAGGCUAUGGAGAGAACAGGAGCCCAUAGCCGCAGGAAGUAGGGGUGCUGAGGAUGCUGCAACACCCCAUGAAAAAUCUGAAUACAAUAAAUAUAUAUAUAUAUAUAUAUAUAUAUAUAUAUAUAUACACACACACACACACACACACAUUACAAAUGUAUUAAUACAUGUUAUUAUUGAUAUAUACAGUACCAGUCAAAAGCUUGGACACACCUACUGAUUCCAGGGUUUUUCUUCACUAUUAUUCUA